AUGGUGGGUUUCACAUCAGUAGAGCUCCGAGAAAUGAUGGACAAGAAGAAGAACAUUCGUAACGUGUCUGUUAUUGCUCAUGUGCACCAUGGCAAGUCUACCCUUACAGAAUCUCUUGUGGCAGCUGCUGGGAUUAUUACACAUGAAGGUGAUGUUGAAGUUCCCAUGGCUGGUACUCAUGCGGAUGCAGGAGAGCCUGGUAUUUCCAUCAGAUCCACAGGCACUUCUCUUUUGUAUGAGAUGAACAAUGAGUGGCUCAAGGAUUACAGAGGUGAAAGAGACGGGAACAAAUACCUGGUCAACCUUAUUGAUUCACCUGGGCAUGUCGAUUUUUCUUCGGAAGUCACAACUGCUCUUCGUGUUACUGAUGGUGCUGUGUUGGUAAUUGAUGCUAUCGAGGGUGUCUGUGUACAAACUGAAACUGUACUCCGUGAAGCCCUUACUGAGAUGGUUAAACCUGUUCUUUGUCUGAACAAGAUGGAUAAGUUAUUCUCCGAGCUUCAAGUUGAAGGCGUGAAACCUGAAUUUACAGGUGAAGAAGCCUACCAGAUUCUGUCUAAUGUCAUUGAGAAUUCCAAUGCCAUUAUGGCAACAUGUGAUGCUGACCGCAUUGGUAAUGUCCAAGUCAACCCUCAGAAUGGAACUGUGGCCUUCGCUUCUGGUUUACAUGGCUGGGCAUUUACUCUUACAGGCUUUGCUAAGAAGUAUGCCUUGCAGUUUGGAGUGGAUGAAACUAAAUUUGCAAAGAGGCUUUGGGGCGAUCAUUUCUAUGACUCUACCACAAAGACAUGGACCAGGGAGCACAGUGGCUCCAAAAAAUGUAAAAGAGGCUUUGUACAUGUAUGCUAUGAUCCAAUCAGUAAAGUUAUCAAGGCCUGCAUGAAUGAAAAUAAGAGUGGAUUGUGGAAACUGUUGCAGAAAGUUGGAGUGAACUUGAGGGACGAUGAGAAGGACCUAACAGGCGUGGCUCUUGUGAAGUGUGUUAUGCAGACUUGGCUCCCAGCCAGUACUGCUCUGCUUGAUAUGAUGAUCUGCCACCUCCCAUCUCCGUUACAAGCACAGAAAUAUCGUGUGGAGAACCUGUAUGAGGGCCCCCUUGAUGAUAAAUACGCAGAAGCUAUUAAAAAAUGUGAUCCUGAAGGUCCUCUUAUGCUGUACGUUUCCAAGAUGGUCCCAGCAUCUGAUGUGGGCAGAUUUUUCGCGUUUGGCCGUGUCUUCUCUGGAAGGAUUGCAACUGGCAUGAAGGUCCGGGUCAUGGGGCCUUCCUAUGUCCCCGGCAUGGAAACUGAUUUGUACGUGGAGUCUGUCCAGCGUACCAUUAUAUGGAUGGGAAAGAAGCAAUGUGACGUUCCGGAUGUUCCUUGUGGUAACACUGUUGGUUUGAUUGGUCUGGAUGCAUGCAUAACAAAGAGUGCUACCCUGACAAGCGAGAAGGAGGUUGUUGCACGCCCAAUCAGAGCGAUGAAGCUCUCUGUAUGCCCUCUGAUGUUUGUUACAGUUAACUGCAAGGUUCCGACCGAUGUUUCCAAACUUGUACAAGGUUUGAAGCGUCUGGUGAUGUCUGACCCCGUGGUUCUGUGCAGCCAGGUAGAGCCUGGUACCUAUACGGUUGCUGGAGUGGGAGAACUUCAUCUGGAAAUUUGCUUGAAAGAUCUACAGGAAAACUUUAUGGAUGGUGUUGAAGUUGCUGUUUCCAGUUCGCCUGUUGUUUCCUUCCGUGAGACUGUCCGCAAGUCUUGUGAUCCUGUUGAGAAAAAGUUCAGAAACAAUCAAAUCCGAUACAGCUUGUCUUUGGUAGCCCGCCCCUUGGAUGAAGAAGUAGUCGAGGCUAUUGAGGAUGGUCGCUUGGGUCCACGUACUGACCAUGCGGUACGAUCUGAGAUCCUUGCUAAGCAUGGUUGGGAUAAGGAUCUUGGCGAUAAGAUUUGGUGCUUUGGUCCUGAUGUUGUUGGCCCCAAUGUGAUUGUUAAUAGGUGCAAGGUAAUACAGAAUCUGGAGUUAGCGAAGAAAGUUAUCGUGGCUGGCUUCGAGGUGGUGGCAAAAGAAGGCGCAUUGGCAAAAGAAAGGAUGCAUGGCAUAUGCUUUGAGGUUCAUAAUGUUAAUAUACAUGCUGAUGAAGCAUUGAGACAUACAACUGCUCAGCUCAUUGAGAUGGUUAGGACAGCACUUAUUGAGUCUCAGCUCGCUGCCAAGCCAAGGCUUCUCGAACCCACCUACAUUGUGGCGAUCCAGUGCCCUAAGAGUGCCCUCAGCACUAUCUACGGAAUUCUCCACCAGAGGAAUGGUUCUGUGUAUGAGGAGUUUGUGAGAGAAGGCACGAUGCUACACAUCCUGAAGGCUUACGUUCCAGUUUAUGAUUCCUUUGGCCUCUGCAAGGCAAUCAGUACUGCAACAUCUAAGCUGGUCACCCCGCAGUGUAUUUUUGGAUAUUGGAGCGACAUGUGCUCUGAUCCUUUCCAGGCAAAUGCGCCAGCUGGGCAAAUGGUCUUGGAUAUCCGCAAGAGGAAGAAGAUGGGCAGGCCCUCUUUCCAGAAGUCAAGCGGGCACAAUUUUCUUGUAGAUAUGCCUGCCUAG